CAAAACCAAACACGAUCACAACGUUUUAAAAUCUUGUUUGAUAAAUUGUCCUCAGAAAAUAUUCUUGACCUCUUUGAAUUAGAUCUCAUUCAUGUCAGUACGUAGAUUGUAUAAAUUAGUGUUAAUUUGAGUCAUAAGUAAUCAUGAUGGUUGAGCGCUACUAUUUCUUCCACCACAAGCCACCGGCGGCCACCCUUGAGAUCCUUGCUUUUGACACAGCUAACACCAUGCGCCGCCUUGUCUCCCUCUACAACUCCCUCACCGAUGCAGAAAUUCUCAAGCUCUGCAACCACACCAUCAACUCUAAAGGAGUCGUCUACUUGAACUCCGAGCAAGAAUGCUUCCUCCUCAACCUGGCCUGCGCCGAACGCCUCGGGGAACUCGACAUUGCCGCAGCGUCCGUCUCGCAGCUGGGCCGGAAAUGCUCCGAUGCCGGACUCAACCAGUUUGACUUUGUCUACGCCGAUCUAAAAGCCGGCAUGAUCAACACUAGAAAGCUCCAAUUCGGCAGCCGAAGUGUACUAAAGAGCGUUGAGAAGAUGGAGAAGUUGGUCUCGGCCACGGGGAAACUUCACGAUGCAAUGGUGAGUCUCGCCGAUAUGGAAGCUUCCGAGAAGAAGGUGCAACAUUGGAAAGCCUUGGGCUGCAAAAACUUCGGUUAUAAAAAUCAAGUGAGCGUAGAAAAUUUGUGCGAUCAAAUAGCUUUUCAGAGAAAGCAAGUGAGGCAUUACAAGGAGGUGUCACUGUGGAACCAAACAUUCGACAGGACCGUAAGACUCAUGGUUCGGAUAGUCUUCAUCAUCUACGCCCGAAUUUGUUCUGUUUUCGAACCCUACAUUUCAGGCCUUCCAAAGAAUGACCAGAAUUUGGAUGACUGUUAUUGCCUCCUUGAACACCGAGAAUUAUACCAAAACAAUUGCUGUCUGACAAAUCGUGUAUCCAAGUCGGGUCCAAUCUCGAAGACAAACAAAUCAGGACCGAUUCAAUUCGCCCCCGUGGAAGAUGAAAUCGCAAGAAACAACAGAGUGUGGAUGAUGGCGCCACCGUCGACGGUUGGCGGGUCAGGGCUAUCGUUUAGGUACGCGAGCGUCAUUAUGUUUGCGGAGCGUUGCCUACACUCACCAGGGACGAUAGGAGAGAGCGAUCGUGAGGCUCUAUACGAGAUGCUGCCGGAGAGACUAAAGGAGAAGGUGAGGAAGAAGAUGAGGGGGCAGUGGUUGAAGGGGGAGGAGUGGGAGAAGGGAGGGGACGGACGGUCGCCUGCGGAAGGGUGGCGAGAGGCGGUGGAGGAGAUAAUGAAGUGGCUGAUGCCGGUGGCGCGUGAUACGACGAGGUGGCAGGCUGAGAGGAGUAUGGAGAAGCAGAGGCACGACUCGAAGCCGACGACGCUGCUGCUGCAGACAUUGCAUUACUCUGAUUUGGAUAAGGCGGAGGCGGCCAUCGUGGAGGUGUUGGUGGGGUUGAGCUUUAUAUUUAAGUAUCAGAAACGACGUCGUCAGUGAUGACUUUAAUAUAUAGAAAUUAAAUUAGGGUUCUUUUUUUUUUUUAAUUACAUUUUCCCUCAAUCUAAAUUGAUUCUUUUUUUAGUAUUUUAGUUCACAAGAUUUUAAAUGAGAGG